AUGUCGUUCAAGUUUCCCGUCUCGAGCCCCCCUUCGACUCCCGACAAACCACAGAGUCCAUUCAGUAAUAUUUCCACGACUCCCGCAGGUCCACCCCCAUCAUCGACUCGUGGAAACUCCCGAAUGGGUUCGAGGUCGAACAUCAACUUUGGCGAGUCUACGUUCAGUCAGUCUGGAAACUUUGGCGGAAACAACAGUCUCUUCUCGUCCAUUUCGUCAGAUGUUCCAUCGUUUCCGAAUCAAAAAGGCUCGGUCUUCUCGGGGUCAUUUGGCAAUUUUGGCGACUUUGGCAACAAGGCAGGUGGUUUUAGCGCUGUAAAUUGUGGCAAUAAUUUGAAAGUGCGGAAUCGAAAGCCUCAUGGCUUGAGCCAGAUGACCACAGCAAGCGAAGACUGGGAAGAUGAAGAAGAUGUAGAGGAGGAGGAAGACGCAGAGCCAGAAGACGGCAAUGAAUAUUCUGAUGAGGUAGAAGAGGAUUACGAAGACGAGGAAGGAGAGGGGGAAGAAGAUCAAGACGAAGAAGAAUACGAAGAUGACGAAAAUAGCGUGGGAGACGUGGAAAUGGAUGCCACAAGUGAUUUCGCAGCUAUGCAAACUGGAUUUUCGAACUCAAUAUUCAAAGGCUUUGGUCAAAGCAGUGCGCCAGCACAGAAGAGAAUAUAUUCCAACCCCAACAAUGCCAAGCGCGCAAAACUCGACGAGAAAUGGGCCACAUCGUCACCUCAAGCUGCGAAUAAUACAAUCGGCCCACGAAAAACCCCAUCUCAAUUUCCUUCGAUAGCUAACAACCUAGCCUCGCAGGCUAAAACUUCCGCUGUUACAGAAUCUGGCGAAGUAGUACUGCAGACGGACUACUACAUUGAUGCACUGUUGGAUAAACUUCAGGAAAAUGAACCCGAUGAUGCUGAAGCUCUUGCUUUGCUCUCCGAAGCAGCAGCAGCUUUGACUGAUUUCUGGGACGCUGCUUCCGAGAAAAAGAGAGAGCAGACUGGCCAGUACCGACCCCACGACGAUUUCGGACCCGGCGAAAGGGCAAGUGGUCUCGAAAAUGCUACAGUUGUUGCCUCACUUCUACUACAGCUUCACCAUCCUCGGGUCAAAAGCUAUGACAGACGCGAGUUGAAACCUGCAGCCAACGGUCAAGAGCUGGCUCUUGUUGUAUCAACACCCAAAACAUACACUCCUAUUCCCAAGAUUCUAGUCGACUGGCUCAACGCCAACCAUCUCGGCUCUUUGCAUGAAAUGGAAUCCUUGCAGCAGGCCAGCCCUAAUCCAACCGCUUCUCCACAUUUUUGGGAGAUUAUUCAAGCUGGAGUUUUGCGCGGACGAUUCAGCGAGAUAGCAGCUCUUCUUCGUUCGGCAGACUUCAACUAUGCUCGUUCAGCGCUAGAAGAUGGUUUCUCCCAGCCUGGAUAUCGUGGCAUGCAGUUGCAGGCUGUCCAAAAAACAGUCAAUAAGGCUAUACAAAUGCUGGAGGCAUCGCCGAUUAAUCAAGAUGACGAUUGGAAUGUUAUUGGCUCGGACUGGGCAGCCUAUAGAAAACGCAUACAGUCUGCGCAAAUCGAGUUGCAGGAACUUGCCGAGGGCGACAAGACACCGAAUCAAGCAGGCGGUCCCAGAUUUGAGGCAUCUCAAUUUGGAGUCUCCACUCAGAGUUUUGCUCCUUCUCAGUCAGGAUUCUCAUUCACCCAAACGUCGCGUAUGGCAGAGAGCCUCAUACCUUGGUCCAUCUAUCAAGGCAUCAGUAACAUUUACGGGGUUAUCCUUGGCAAGCCAUCAGUCAUCAUGUCCGUUGCCCAAGACUGGAUUGAAGCAACAAUUGGGCUUACUGCAUGGUGGGACGGGCAAGAGCUCGGCAACAACGGCGUUUUUGGUAAUAGAGAGCAAGCAACUGAUGUAGAACGACAGGAUGCAUAUCUACGGCGACUGAAUGAUUGUUUUGGAGAAGUUAUCGAUGGUUCAGAGAUGCAGUCACGGCCUAACCCUCUUGUCCGACUAGACGUGGCAGUAACCUGUGUGUUUGAAGGAAACGUGUCCGGGACGAUCAAGUUACUCCAAACAUGGUCAUUGUGUAUUGCCGCAGCUGUUGCUGAGAUAGCGCAUGAAGGCGGGUGGUUAGAGAUGUCAACCGCUAAUAUGCCGGGAUUCCUUAACCGGGACGACUUGAUGGUACUGUCUUAUGGACAAAACGACGAUGCUGCCUUGGACCAAAUCAGCAAAGAUGAAGUGUUGGAUGUUUAUGCUGAAAAACUGGGCGAUAGAGAUCAGUUUGAAUACAAUGGCACCGUUCGCAAAGGCUGGGAACUAGCUCUGGAGGUGCUCAGCAGAAUGGAAGAUAACAAGACUACUAGAGAAAGAGUUUCUGCCUUGUUGAAUAAAAUUCCUGUCGGCACGGUGCAGCAAGUAGAUCGAGUGAUUACCUUGUGCAUCGACCUAGGAUUUGAAGAUGAAGGUCGAAAAAUUGCUGCAAACUUUGGUGAAAAAAUCAUAGCCGCCGGACAGGCACGUGCCGAUUGCGACUAUGGACUUGCGAUGAUCUGUUUUGCUCGAGCACGAUCCGUUCGCAAGGUCAAAGAGAUUGCCAACAGUCUUAUUGCAUAUUCUUUGCAGCAGUCUCGCGCUUGGCCACCGGCCGAGAAUCUCGGAGGUCAAUUGCGAUCUUUAGUCCAGAAUCCUAAGGUUUGUUUAUCAUCUAUUGCGGCAGUCGACAGCGAGGCCGCUCAAAUCAUACAAUUCUACGCAAGUGGUUAUGCGACAUUGCGUCGAUUUUACGAUCUUCGCGAUGAACCGGUGCUGUCUAAGGGCAGUAAACCCCAUCUGCGACCACUGGCCAGGAAACGAGCUGCAGCUGAAGCACUAGUUGCGGUGAUUCGAAGCUCCGCUGAUAGCAUUUAUGGUGGCUUAUACGAUCCGGAAAGAGACUCUGCCGUGCUUGUCGACAAUUUGAUGGCCCUUUUGGGUGAAGCCGUCUUGUUUGUCUCUGAAACACCGUCUACCCUCUCCAUCGAGCAACAAUCUAACAUCCUCGCUGCCAUCGAGGACCUCGAAACCGUCACCCCACGGGUCUUUGCAGCGGCUCAAGAAUUCUUCUACGAAUGCCUAAACGAGUAUAUCUACGAAACGACCGGCGAACCCCGCAAAUCGUCCCCUUCGCCAAGAUUAACAACGGGGCUCAAGAAAUCCACUUCAGGGCUCACAGCUUCAAGCAGCUUCUCCAUGAUCGAUAGCCAUAUGGCCGAUUCAUCAGUUACGCAGGCCACCAACAACACCAUGGCAUCAUCCGGUGUCCUAGUGCCCAAACCAGAUACAGAGUAUGAAUACGCGAAGCCGAUUGAAAGGGGAUGGGAUUGGAGAAUUGGUCUUGCGGAGUCGUCGGCGGUAAUAAAUGGGGGGACGGCGAGUGAGGUUGAAGAUGACAUCAAGCCGGAUGAGAAGUUGCUUCGUGUUUUGAGGUUACGGUUGGCGCAGGGGAUGACAUGGCAGUGA